AUGUUCAGCAAAGAUGCGCUAAAGCCACUCCUGCAUUUAACUCUAGCGAAAUUCCUGUGGUCGACCCUCAUCAUCAACGAAGUCAAGCUGCGAGUCUACCUAUCCGCAAUUCGCCCCAUCAUGAUGUACGGAUCGGAGACUUGGGCAGCACCAUCAACGGUUAUGGAGAGGCUUGACUGCACGGAACGAGAGCUGCUUAGACGGCUACUUGGCUACUUUUGGCCUAGGGUAUGCCACAAUGAAGAUCUUUACGCAGAAAUUGAUGUGGUUUACCAGCGGAUGACACGUGGAAGAUAUCAACAUCUUGCACCGCCAUCGAAAGCGGCUAAAGAGACCGGCAGAUCGCCUUGUCCAACGAGUUCUGAUGAGUUCGUUGGGUUCUGGAAGAAGCCACCUGGCCGAAAACGGAAGUUCUGGACUGAGGCGGUGAAAGAGGACCUGAGGACACUCGGCGUGGAUAGGCAGUUCAGGCGAGACGUAAGGUUUCCCAGAAUAUGGAAUAGCGACGAAUGGAUUGAUCCUGUGCAAGCUCUCGCAGAAGAUCGAGAAGGUUGCUGUGAGCUGUGUUCAACGACGGCACACCUCGACGAAGAUGCGGGUAAUCGCGUCAGGCGAUGA